AUGAGUUUCCAGAAAACCAACACGGACGUAACAACCGGCGGCUCGCGAUCGUUUUCCCCGUAUUUGAUUGCAUUUUUCAUUCAAAACUAUAGAAGAGAGAUUGUUACGGUUGCCAUUUUUUUAAAAUCCGCUAUAAAUUGUAUAGAGUUUUAUUAUAGUAUAAGUUUAAUAUGGGGGGCGGUCAAAAAACGUCACGCGUUAAAAAAUAUGGCCGACGAGUUUAGUUAA